UUUAAAAAAUACAUUAUUCGAUCUCAACUCUCGUCUUCUUCAUUCCUUGUUUUGCAGUUAGUUUCCAUUACCGAUUUCCUUCCUUGUUUCUGUUUCCCUUUUAUGGCAAUUCGUCUGCGUGUUAUGAACACCAACAAUCUCUGCGUUUAAACCAAUCCCUCUCCGAUUCCUUCUCGUUCUUGCUCCACAAGAUUGACGAGAUGGAGAGUUUGCCGACCACCGCCAAACCCGAAAGGCGAGCUCGAUCCAAGCCUCUCUACACCUCCAAACCUUCUAUAUUUAUGGCAUUCUUCUCUUGUCUUGCUUGGCUUUAUGUUGCUGGCAGGCUAUGGCAGGAUGCAGAAAAUAGGAAAUUACUUGCUAGUCUCUUACAGAAGAACGCGUCCCAGAGAUCCUUGAUUUUGAGCGUUGAAGAAAAGCUGCAAGUCCUGGGUUGCAAAGAUUUAGAGAGGAGGAUUGUGGAAGUGGAGAUGGAUUUAACAUUAGCAAAGAGUCAAGGGUACCUGAAGAAUCAACUGCGACAAAGUGGAUCUUCUUCUGAACCUAGCCGUAAGCUUCUUGCUGUUAUCGGUGUUCAUACUGGAUUUGGAAGUCGACUGAGGCGCAAUGCGUUCAGAGGUUCUUGGAUGCCGAAAGGUGAUGCAUUGAAAAAGCUGGAGGAAAGAGGGGUGGCUAUACGCUUUGUUAUUGGUCGGAGUGCAAACCGAGGUGAUACCUUGGACCGCAACAUUGACAAGGAAAACCAGUCAACUAAGGACUUCUUGAUACUUGAAGGUCAUGAAGAAGCUGAUGAUGAGUUGCCUAAAAAGGCCAAGUUCUUUUUCAUUACAGCAGUUCAAAAUUGGGAUGCAGAAUUUUACGUGAAAGUCGAAGACAACAUUGACCUUGAUCUUGAGGGUUUAAUUGAGCUUCUUGAACAUCGUCGUGGACAAGAUGGUACUUACGUUGGAUGCAUGAAAUCUGGAGAUGUGAUUGCUGAAGAGGGAAAGGACUGGUAUGAGCCAGAAUGGUGGAAGUUUGGAGAUAAGAAAUCGUACUUCCAGCAUGCAUCUGGUUCGCUUAUUAUCCUCUCCAAGAAUUUGGCUCAGUAUAUUUAUAUUAACAGUGCAUCUUUGAAGACUUACGCACAUGACGAUGUAUCAAUGGGGUCAUGGAUGAUUGGUCUCCAGGCUACUCAUAUAGAUGAUAAUCGACUGUGCUGCGGUAGCGUUAGACAAGACAAGGUGUGUUCCGUGGUUUAGGACAUGCAGCAAAUUUUGCGGAGCUUAGACAAUUCUUUUGCGACGGGUUUAUGUGCCUGAGUUCACCCUCCAGCUGAUGCCAAGGGAAUCUCGACGUGUUCACUUGAUUCCUCUUUUCGGAUGCUGAGAUACACAGCCAUUUAUUUUGUAGAGCUAAUAGUGACUGAUUGAUGUACUGAAUGCCCUUUUGUUGAUAAUAGAAAGCCAAAAUUAGUUUGAUACA